CAAACUCGCUCGCUCGUCGUCUCCACUUGCAAAGAAGCUUCAAGUUUCAUUCUUCCUCCUCCAAUUUUGGCACGCAGAGAUGAUGAUGAGCCUUCUAAGGAGAUCAGCGAUAGCCAUCGGCCGCCAAUCAAAAUCGAAGCUGGCUUCGUUUUCCUCCGCUUCACAACCUUCCUCUCGAAUCCCAAAAUCGUUGAUAAGCGUUUUACAAAGAAGAGCAUCCAGGCAUACCACUUCUGAUUCGGUUCUAACGUGUCUGGAAUCAACUGAAGUUAAUGGACUAUUGGUUCGCUUCCGAAACCCCCAAAUAAGUAUAUGUACGCAAACCUGUCCAAAGAAGAUAAACUCAUCCUACCUUACUAGAUCUUUUGCAUCUAGGACUUCUAAAGACUCUGGGAAUCAGCAGAACAAGGCGAAGAAAGAGGUGACGACUACGGAGGACCCAUUUGAUUCUCCUACAUACCACAUCCCUGAGAAGCCGGUGACCUUUACAGAAGGUGCUUCCUACAGUCUUGUUAUUCUUGCUGGGCUUGGGAUUGCUGGAGCUGCGGGGUACGCUGUGUUUAAAGAGCUCAUAUUUCAACCAAAAGAGUACAAGAUCUUUGACAAAGCCCUGAAGAGAAUUCAAGAUGAUGGCCAGGUGAGGGUUAGGAUUGGAUCCCCCAUCAAAGGCUACGGACAAGAAACCAGAAACCGAGCUGCUCGUCAACGUAUACCCAACAGAGUAUUUACAGAUGAAGAUGGAGUUGAGCAUGUUGAGGUAAACUUCUACAUCCGUGGGCCUCAAGGAGCGGGGAAAGUGUACACGGAGAUGUUUAAAGACAAGGCAGAGAAUGAGUGGAAAUACACGUACCUGAUCGUAGAGAUUCUUACACCUUCCCCAGCCAAAUUGAUGCUGGAGUCUUAUUUGCCCGCCUAGACACUCCUUAUUUAUGGUUCAGUUUAUUCCGGAAAACAUUCAUAAACGGGUAAGAUUGUUUUAGUUGGGUGUUCGACAAAGGAAAGAAUUGUGUUACACAUGAGUUAUAGGAAUGUCAGGAGCAAGAAUCAGUUUGCUAAUUUGAAAAAUGCUCAAUGUUUAUGAUC